UUGGACAGCUGCCUUGGUCACUGACAACGCAGUGCACGUGAACACCACCGGUUCUGACAGGAAGGUCACUUAAAUGUUUCCAAACAUGGGUUUUUAAAGCGGGACAUAAACAAACAGGGUAAUUAGACGGUACAUUAACAUUCAAAGUUAUUAUUAUCAUUUAUUAAAAUCCAAAAGGUUGGUUUAUUUCAUGAAUAGAGUACAAAUGCUAGCUAGCUGUUAGCUGUGUGUUAGCAUGAGCUCGAGCUCCGGACAGGGACCCGGACAGGGAGCCCCAGCAGCGCUCGAGCUUAACGCAGAGGCUCCGGUUCGAGGCGUCUCGCUGAAGGGGAACAUGUGGAGACUCUACAGUCACGUGCGUGUUGAAAACCUGGCUGGCGGGCUGUGUGGAGGUGUUUUGUCCACUAUGGUGCUGCACCCACUGGAUCUGGUUAAAAUCAGGUUUGCAGUGAGCGACGGCUUGGAGCUGAGGCCGAAGUACCGCAGCAUUUGGCACUGCAUGCGGAGCAUCUGGCAGCAGGAAGGACUACGUGGCCUGUACCAGGGGGUCACGCCGAACGUCUGGGGUGCCGGAGCUUCAUGGGGUCUUUAUUUCUUCUUUUAUAAUGCCAUCAAGGCCUACGUCAAGGAGGGACGUCAGACGGAGCUGAGUCCAAUGGAGCACCUGGUGUCUGCUGCAGAAGCAGGAGCCAUGACUCUCUGCCUGACGAACCCCAUCUGGGUGACAAAGACGCGGCUGGUUCUGCAGUAUAGCGCCGAUCCAAGCCAGAAGCAGUACAGGGGCAUGGUGGAUGCACUGGUGAAGAUCUACCGACAGGAAGGAGUAGCAGGACUCUAUCGGGGUUUCGUUCCUGGACUUUUCGGGACGUCUCACGGAGCUCUGCAGUUCAUGGCAUAUGAGGAGCUGAAGAGAGACUACAACAAAUACAGAAACAUGCAUUCAGACGCUAAACUGAAUCCGUUUGAGUACAUUACAAUGGCGGCUUUGUCCAAAAUCUUCGCCGUGGCCACUACGUACCCGUACCAGGUGAUCCGAGCUCGCUUGCAGGAUCAGCACACGAGCUACGAUGGCGCGGUAGACGUCAUCCGGAGGACAUGGAGGAAUGAAGGUUAUCUGGGCUUCUACAAAGGCAUGGUGCCCAACCUGCUCCGGGUGACGCCAGCCUGCUGCAUCACCUUCGUGGUGUACGAGACGGUGUCCGGCUUCCUCCUGGACAAGCACAAAUGAGACAAAAAAAAAAAAAAAAAAAAAAAAAAAGGGGGCGGUUGCAGCAAGUUAGCGCCGAGAGAUAUGCUAGGCUAGCGAGGAGAACUAGCUCUCGGCGGAACAAGACGCAGACCAGGUACCAGACGAACGGAAAGACGAGCGUUCACAUGACGCGGACUUGUGGCUUUGUACGAAGCUUAUACAAGGAACUGGUGCUGCUAUGAGUUUACAUGCGUAAGAUACAUCGGAAAGAGUGUGUGUGUGUGUGUGUGUGUGUGUGGGGACAAGACACAAAACUGAACUGAAGAUGCAAUGGAUAGAUGCAUUCAAAUAAAGCCAAAGGGAUUGUUGAGCAAGAAAAAUCAACCUACACAAUUUUUCUCUUACGUCAGCGUGUACGGUUCUUGAAGGUUACUUCAUCUGGAGUUACACAGUAAUGGUCACUCAGAAUGUUACAGCUAUAAACAACCUGCUCAAACUAAAGGCUAUUGCUCGACCCAAUCCUGCACAUAAAACUAGUGGUCAUAGGAGACAAAGAAAGGCCACGUUCAUUAACAUGUUACAUGAACAUCCAUCUUCAGGAUCUGUUUCAUCCUCAAUGAUUUUAAUGGUUCGUUUAAAUGAUUCGUAUCGUUCUGCCAAAAAAUAUUGCAGGCAGAGCAAAUAAUAAUAAUAAUAAUAAUAAUAAUAAUAAUAAUAACUACUGGAGUGGGUGGGAUUUGGUCAAACUUUCUGGUGGAGUGGGCGUGGUCAA